AAACAAUUCUUCCUAUUCCAAAUUCCCAAUCAAUAUCUUGAACAGGAAUAAACCGAGCUGUUUCUUUGACCCGGACCGGUUCGUCAAACCGGUCCGGUUUAACAAAAGCGGCCCCAAUAAACCCUUCUUCGUCGUCGUCGUCGUCGUCUUCUUCUUCUCCGCGUCCUCCCAUGGCGAACCCUCCAUGGAGCUCCCCGUUCCCCUCCUCCGCCGCGGCUCCCAUGGCGGCGGCGGCUGCGGCGGGGGAGCGCCGCGUCCUCCAUUGCGACGGGUGCGGCGCGUCGGAGUUCGACGGCGGCGACGACGGCUUCUACUACUGCCGCCACUGCGGAUCCCAGAGCCAGGACGUCGUUGACACGGGCUGCGCCGACGAGGACGUCGUCGGCGACGGCUCCGGCCGCGGCGCCCUCUACAGCUUCUUCCACCACCGCUCCCGCCCCUCCGCCGCCGCCGCCACCCCCUCCGCCCCCAAGCUCUCCCGCGAAGAUAUCCUCCGCUCCCUCGCCCGAUCCGUCGCCUCCCUGAAGAGCGGCGACGAGGAGGAGGAGGAGAGAGGGGGAAAGGGGGAAGGGGAGAGGCCGUACGCGUUCGAGGAGGAGGAAGGAGAGGAGCCGAGGGACUUCGGGGCGGGGCCGGGGCUGGGCGCCGACGCGGAGGCGGCGGGUGCGGCGAUCCGGGCGCGGUACGUGCAGGGGUUGCAGGUGAUGCUGCAGCGCCAGUGUGAGGCCCUCGUGGAGCAGUUCGGAGUCGGCCCGCUGAUCUGCGGGCUCGCGGGGACCAUAUGGCUCCGCUACGUCGCAGCGUCUCAGGUGCUCGACAAGGGGUGGGCGCGGAAGGUGAUCACCGAGUCCAAGGCUGCCGCGGCCGCCACCCCUUCGCGGGAUGAUAAACAAGAAGACCGACGAAAACCUUCUAGGCACAUCAGAGCGAAAUACAGGUCGGAACCCCAUGAUUCGUAUGGACGGCGAGUGAUUUAUAUUUUCUUUCGUGCAUUGAGAAAGACCAUACCUAUAUAUUCCUCACUGGCUAUUUGUUUUCUGGUUUGCCAUAUUGCACGUGAGGCAGUGCUACCAACCGAUAUUUAUCAAUGGGCGAUAGAGGGAAAGCUUCCUUACCUUACUGCCUUUGUUGAAUUGGAUAAGUAUCUUGGAACUCCAUCAAGUGAUUGUCCAUUGAGUACUAGGUUUCUAUUCAGGCCCAUUAGGGUUGUCGGACCUUGGCAGUUAGAAGAAACAGCCGCUUCGAUUUCACAAGCUAUUGGCCUACGUCUCCCUUCAGUAAACUUUUAUGCAAUUGCCCGCCGCUACUUGCAUGAACUGUCUCUUCCGGUGGAGAAAAUUCUUCAGCAUGCCUGCCGCCUUUAUGAAUGGUCAUUACCUGCAGAAUUAUGGUUGUCCAGUAAUGCAUCUAGGCUUCCAACUCGCGUUUGUGUGAUGUCAAUAUUAAUAGUAACACUACGAAUAUUGUACAAUAUACAUGGUCAAGGGACUUGGGAAAUGGGUUUAUCAGAUAUUGCUGAUUCUCUUUCAUGUGGCCAUCAAUUUGAAGAAAAUGUGGAUGAAUCAAAUUCGAGCUCUAGACAAAAGCUUGGAGUGGCAGAUCAGGGUUCUAGAGCAUGUCAAUCGACUACAAAUUCAUCAACAGUAAAGAACUUGAUGGAUAAUAAAACUUCUGAGUUUGAAACUAAAGAGUUGUUGAGCAUUCUUGAAGCUGCAUAUGGCAAGAUAAACGUUAGACAUGACUAUGCAAAAGACUUGCCAUCUUAUCUCAAGUAUUGCAAGGAUGUCGCAUUUACUGGAAUAACAACAUCUUAUGAUGAGGAGACACUAAUAGAAAGAUUGUGGGAUAUAUAUAGUAAGAAAGAGGAUGAUAAUCAGCAAGAUGACGUAAAGGCUGAAUUUUCUUGUUUGAAAGGAAAGAGAUCCAGCAAUGAAGCACCUGCAACUGAAUUCUUUGAUUUAAAGAGACCACACAGGAACUCUAGUGGGAGGUUUACCUGUUCAAAGAGUUUUGCAAUAGAAAGGAUGAAACAAGAAAUGGAAGAGAAUGGGUUUCACUAUCUGCCCCCAAGGGCUCAAAAGAGGACUGAGGGUUAUCUUCACUACAAGAGGAAGAAAGUAGAUGGAAGGCUUAUUUAUGUUGCACAUGCUGAUUAUUACAUUUUACUGCGAUCUUUUGCAAAGCUCGCUCAGGUUGAUGUUCGGAUAAUGCAUCUUGGCGUACUCAAACUUGAGAGGAGACUUGGUUGGAUUGAGCUACGGAUUGAUAGUAGCUUGAAUGCUUUACCUGAUCUUCCUGGUAAAAUAAAUGAUGAACUAAGACCCGUAUCAGGCUAAAAGAGGUGUUGACGAUGGAUGUUCUAGUAUUCUGGAGAAGGUCCUUUUCUCUCGGAUGACCUUUUGAGUCCUUACUGCUGAUGAUCAUUGAUUUCUUUUUUGAUAAACAAAUCACAAACUGGAGAAGAAGGGGAUGUACCUCUGACAUUUUGAUGUAGAGUUGACAUCAAAGGGAGAAACAAAGAAGGAAGAUGAGUACCAUAGAGCAUCUCUGACAUUAAACUGAGUGGAACCCAAGUCUUUGAAUCUUUUCUCCACACUUCUAGGGGCAACUUUUUUGACAGAGGCCCAUGUGUGUGAUUCAGACACUGAUUUGCAUUAAAUGGGAAAAGGACCAGCAGCAAAGGGUAGAAUUAGGCACUGGAAAAGAAAUAUGUUCCCUCUCCCGCUAUUCUGAGCUUAGCUGGAGCUGAUGGUGUGCUGUCCCCAUACUACUACCUGGAGUCAUGCCCCCUCGCAGAGGAAAUUGUGAGGCAUACUGUCGAGG